AAAAAAAAAAACUUGGUGAAGAAAAGGGGGUAAAAGCCACGCGGAAGCCUUUCAGAGGAGGCGGCGAGGCCGACAGACAAAAGGGCAAAAGUUGAAAGGGGACAGCGAGAGGCCACCUCGGCAGGAUGGACGCCGGGCUCUAGGGCAUGCCUGGGGAGCAGGAGCCCAGAACCCCCUCGGGUUGUGCACGGGAGUCCCGGGGCUGCAGGGGGUGCCUCGGCAGGCCCCCCAUGCAUGCCCCUCGCUCCGGGGGGAGAGGCCAGCGCCGCCUGGAGCCCAAGGGACAGAGUGUGCUACCCCAGGCCCGCGACCACGUCUGAGCGUGAGGGGCCCCGCAGAGCAGAGUGCGGGGCGUCCUCUCCACUCCCCGGGGCGCCCCUAGCUCCACGCAGCACCCCAGCCCUGCGGCCUGCACCUGAGUGCCAGGGCCGCAGGGUCGGCAUGUGAGUGUGUCCAGGCCCACCUCAACGGGAAGCAUCCAGAACAGAGAUCCCAGACAGGCCCAGCAGCUCAGGAGGGAUUUGCAUUCUCUGAAGUUCAGGACAUCCAGCCGCCCGGCACCGCCCAGACGGCCUACGCAGCGAGGUGAACUCGAGGUGUUGAGGCUGAUCAGGCGGGGCCCGGCGCCCCCAGCCAUCCACCAUGGUGGUGGCACCACCCACCGCCACCGCCACCACCACACCCGCUGCCACUGUCACGGCCACCGUCGUGAUGACCACGGCCACCAUGGACCUGCGGGACUGGCUUUUCCUCUGCUACGGACUCAUCGCCUUCCUGACGGAGGUCAUCGACAGCACCACCUGCCCCUCCGUGUGCCGCUGUGACAACGGCUUCAUCUACUGCAACGACCGGGGCCUCACCUCCAUCCCCACCGACAUCCCCGACGAUGCCACCACCCUCUACCUGCAGAACAACCAGAUCAACAACGCCGGCAUCCCCCAGGACCUCAAGACCAAGGUCAGCGUGCAGGUCAUCUACCUGUACGAGAAUGACCUGGACGAGUUCCCCAUCAACCUGCCGCGCUCGCUGCGGGAGCUGCACCUGCAGGACAACAACGUGCGCGCCAUCGCCCGGGACUCCCUGGCCCGCCUCCCGCUGCUGGAGAAGCUGCACCUGGACGACAACUCCGUGUCCACCGUCAGCAUCGAGGAGGACGCCUUCGCCGACAGCAAGCGGCUCAAGCUGCUGUUCCUGAGCCGGAACCACCUGAGCAGCAUCCCCUCGGGGCUGCCCCGCACGCUGGAGGAGCUGCGGCUGGACGACAACCGGAUCUCCACCAUCCCGCUGCACGCCUUCAAGGGCCUCCACAGCCUCCGGCGCCUGGUGCUCGACGGCAACCUGCUGGCCAACCAGCGCAUCGCCGACGACACCUUCAGCCGCCUGCAGAACCUCACCGAGCUGUCGCUGGUGCGCAACUCUCUGGCCGCCCCGCCGCUCAGCCUGCCCAGCGCGCACCUGCAGAAGCUGUACCUCCAGGACAACGCCAUCAGCCACAUCCCCUCCAAUGCGCUGGCCAAGAUGCACCAACUCGAGCGCCUGGACCUGUCCAACAACAACCUCACCACGCUGCCCCGCGGCCUCUUCGACGACCUGGAGAGCCUGGCCCAGCUGCUGCUGCGGAACAACCCCUGGUUCUGCGGCUGUAACCUCCUGUGGCUGCGGGACUGGGUGAAGGCGCGGGCGGCCGUGGUCAACGUGCGGGGCCUCAUGUGCCAGGGCCCCGAGAAGGUCCGGGGCAUGGCCAUCAAGGACAUCACCAGUGAGAUGGACGAGUGCUUCGAGACGGGGCCCCAGGGAGGCGCGGCCAACGCGGCUGCCAAGACCACGGCCAGCGACCGCGCCUUGGCCACCACACCCCAGGGCUCCCUCUUCACCCUCAAGGCCAAGAGGCCAGGGCUGCGCCUCCCUGACUCCAACCUUGACUACCCUGUGGCCACGGGCGAAGGCGCCAAGACCCUGGUCAUCCAUGUGAAGCCCCUGACGGCGGACUCCAUCCAUAUCACGUGGAAGGCCACGCUCCCCGCCUCCUCCUUCCGGCUCAGCUGGCUACGCCUGGGCCACAGCCCCGCCGUGGGCUCCAUCACGGAGACCCUGGUGCAGGGGGAUAAGACAGAGUAUCUGCUGACGGCACUGGAGCCCAAGUCCACCUAUGUCAUCUGCCUGGUCACCAUGGAGACCGGCAACACCUACGUGGCCGACGAGACGCCGGUGUGCGCCAAGGCCGAGACGGCAGACAGCUACGGCCCCACCACCACGCUCAACCAGGAGCAGAACGCUGACCCCAUGGCGGGCCUGCCCCUGGCGGGCAUCAUCGGCGGGGCCGUGGCCCUAGUCUUCCUCUUCCUGGUCCUGGGGGCCAUCUGCUGGUACGUGCACCGGGCCGGGGAGCUGCUGACCCGGGACCGGGCCUACAAUCGGGGCAGCCGGAAAAAGGACGACUAUAUGGAGUCCGGGACCAAGAAGGAUAACUCCAUCCUGGAAAUCCGCGGCCCUGGGCUGCAGAUGUUGCCCAUUAACCCUUACCGCGCCAAAGAGGAGUACGUGGUCCACACCAUCUUCCCCUCCAACGGCAGCAGCCUCUGCAAAGCCACGCACACCAUCGGUUACGGCACCACCCGGGGCUACCGGGACGGCGGCAUCCCCGACGUAGAGUACACCUACACAUGAUGCCUGCCGCGCCGCCGGCCGCCUCCGCCCCAGCUCCCGCCGCCUCCUGGCCUGGCCACGGUGCGGCUCCGCCCGGCCCGCUGCCAUCCCAUAGAGCAAGGAGAAGGAAUGCCAUGAUGACUUUCCUAGCAGAAAGCAAAGUUUGGGAAGGGUGGACACUUUUGUAGAACACAACAGCAGAAACAAGAUCUCUCUCUCUCUUUUUUUUUUUUUUUUUAAAGAAUAGAAGGCAGGAGGGGGAUUUGACGUUGCUGAAGACAUAAUUUAUACCAAAUUAUGCCUGUUGGGGAGGGAAGGACUAAAAAUAAUAUUGCAGGAAGGGUUGGGUCAGGGUUUUUCGUUUUUUUUGUUUUUUCCUGAACUGGAAAGCUACUACCUGUACAGCGUCUGUGUACGCCUCAUGCUCUGUUCAAGGCCGUCACAAAAGAACCGUCAGAGAGAACAGCCAACACGCAAAGCCCCCACACAGCUCUCGCUGCCGGCUGCUUGUGGGUGACAACGACAUGACGGAAGGUUUUCAGGCUCCUCACAAAGGAGAAGGGGAAGAAAAGAUCUUUUUGCUACGGAGAUAUUGUCCUGAAACCUCUUCCAUGGUUCUUUCCGUAUCAUUUCCCUUACAGAUUUGCAGAAAGAUCACGUCUUUCACUGCAUUCUCUGAACAAUGGUGUAGUCAAUUAAAAAGCAAACUUUCUUUUUCCUAUACCGAAGCCCUCUUCAGUUCCGUGCACCACGCUCCGUGGAUGGCCCCCGGGGAAGCUGUGGCUUCCCAGCCACGCGGACGUGCGGCUAUCUACCUGUCGAUCUCUCUGUCAUGUCUCUCAGUACAGAUGGGUAGAUAGAGCCCCAUUUACGGUCCUUACUACUUCUUGGGUCAGUUCGUACAGUUUCCUGAGACAAUAGAGUCACGAAAAUGUUGCUCUCUCCUAGAAAUCAUUGAGUAAGUAGACAAAGCGUGUUGGGGGUGGGAGUGGGGAGGGGACAAUGCUGUUCCUAAAGGCGGAGGUGUAUCUGUCCUGGUUGGGUGGCCAGGGAGACCCCGGGCAAGGGGUGCCCGCGAUUCAACCCUAUCUCAGGUCGGUGAGACCUGAGCCGUGCUCUUUUCUGGUACAGACAAAAGCGUUCUUUGACGGCCAGUGUCCUCGUCUCUCUCCCCACUGUCCACCCACCCCCAACACACAGACACAGUCACCUCGACAGUGACUUUCUCUUUCCUCUGUGCCAUAUGCUUCCUCCUGGGACAGGUAAUUGGCGCAGGGACUUUUUUUUUUUUUUUUUUAAUCCAGCUGAUUAGACCUAAUGGUUUCCAUGGCUGCUCAAACAAAGCCCAGAAAAAGACAUGAAUGUUCUCCGAAGAGCCCCGGGAGACAGCAGCCCCCCGAACGCAGAGCCUCAGCCGUACGCACCCCCGGCACUCUGCUCUGGAGAGGGAAGACCAGACUUCCAGAAAUACCAGCUCCAAAAGGGUACUGACCAGGGCCCUCGGAAGAAUUCAGGUUUUAUUUCCUAGACCCCCACCCCAGAACUGGGUUACCAUCACUUAUCAGCGGGCGGUGUGGUUUGGUGAGCCAUGAGAUUGAAAUGAUAAUGGAGAGAAGGGAGGCAUGGUGCCCAGGGUUCUGCGGUCUCCUGCGCCCUGGCCCUUGGAGAGCUUGGGCCACCACCUGUCAAAGUGCGCCCAGGUGCUGUGCCAGGGAAGAGCCACAUCAGAUGGGAGACACUGGCCUGAGGGCAGGGGAGGUCGAGGAGGUGUCCGGCUCUGGCAGAAAGAGGAUGCUGUCCAGACAGGCCCGAGGGCUGGCCACUCACUGGUCAUGGAAAGAUGUGACUGGUCCCUUCAGGGAAAAGGCAGGGGUUGAAAGGAAUGGCCAGAGAGCUGUGUGAGCAGGGUGGGGGGGAGGCGUGGCCCUCGCCCGCCAGGCCGGAGGGAGGGUCUCGCCCCCCAACAGGGAGGCCGGCUCCCCAGCCCCAGGGAGAGGCGCAGGGCGGGGACACACUCCGCUCGAAACUAAGUCUUUCCCCUCCCCUUUGGUCCACUUGAAUCAUUUUCUCAUACAAUGAGAUCAGGAGAGAGAUUUUUCCAAGCCUUAAUUUCAUGUCUGUGUGAAGGUCGCCCUCUCUUUGGCUUCAAGCGCCGACACAGGCCAGUUAUGGCAGCUAGGGGAGGAGUAGAGAGGGUAUGUGAGGUCUUGGGGCACUGGCUCAGGAAGAGGGGGAAGGGACAGAAGCCUGAGGUCCCUGCUGUUUCUGAAGUGAGGUCUCCUCCCUCACGGCACCACCCAUGCCUUCUACCGAUGUCCCAGGCCCUGGCCUCCUCACGGCCAAGUCCCUGCUGCUAACAUGCUUGGAUCCCCAAUCUUACUCCCCUUUCCCCUUGAACAUACCAGGAGGAGGUCAAAUUAUCCCCUUAGAGGUUAGGAAGGCAUUUGGGGGACAGUAGGUGAGCCUGGAGUCAGCCAGUGAGGUCCAAAAGGCCUGCAGGCCUGGGUGGUCAGCUUCCUUCCCUACAAUACAGAUCAGGCCAGGCCCACCUGUGGUGAGGUCACUGGGGUCUCCCGCUCCCCGGGGGCUCAGAGAGGGGCUCACCGAGGGCUCGCUGCAGGCAUCCUCCUGCCUGUAGGUGCUGAGGAUGGAGACUCACCAUCCAGGCCCUGGGGUCUGCUCUCAAUUUUCCUCUGCUCAACAUCAGACAUCCACACGGAGGUCUUUCUGAGAGCGAGCCCCCGAAUGUCAGCUGCCUCACAGCCCCCCAAGCCAAGGAGUGGGCCUGAAGUCGGGUCCACGCUGAACCCCUGUCCCCUCCUGGUCCAACUGCUCUGAGUGCCCUCAUAAGGAGAGAGAUGCCGCAGAGCUAUCCAGCCUCCCCAGCCCGCGGCAGCAUGUGAGGACACAGGGCUCGUGGAGACAAGCCCAGGGCCCAGGCUACCUACUGCUGCUGUCUAAAAUGCCCCUUCCACGGGCGGCCGACCUGAACCUUUACAGCCUCUAACUAGCCAGAACAACCUCGUUGGCCUCAGCAUCGACGAGUGUUUUCUGUGGCAUUUAUAGCAGGUUUUAAGUUUAAAAAAAAAAAAAAAAAGAGCCCAUGACACUUCUUUGGUUAAGUGGUUUACCCUUCGUGGUAAUUAGAUGUAGUGAUUAGAAUCUCUUUUCUAUUACAUGGCAAUUUUCCUUUAAAUUUCCCCUAAAAAAAAAAAAAAAGUGGGGGGUGCAGGGGGAGAAAAGGGGAGGCAGGAGAGGAGGCUGCCGGGCCAGGCGAGUCAUUUGCAUUUUGCGAAUGAGGCCUCUUGUAAGCUCAGCUCAGGCGUGGGGCCCAACGUAUGGAAUGCUUAAGAGAUUACUAAGAAUAAAAUCUAUUAAUUAGUCAUACUCAAUUCCGCAGACAUGAUGUGCAUCAAAAGCUUCUUUUCUUCCCUUUUCUCCUUCCCUUUUCCUGCGGUCUCCCCGAGGAAGCCUCCAUCUUCUCCAAAUUGGCUCCGGCUUCCUGGGCCGCCUCCACAGGAACAUGGCGGCCGCAUGGCUGACUAGAGGGCCUCUCCACCCAGGGCCGGAAGGCCAGGUUUGGGGGCAGGAGGUGGGGCAGUGGUCCCUUCCGGCUCUGAGGGACGCCGGCAGGAGAGGGGACAGCAGCUAGGGAGAUGGCAGUGGCUGCGUGGUGGCAGCGGGGGGACUGGGCUUCCCCACCCAGAGCCCAAGGCCCCUGCCUGCCCUGUGCCUCUUCUCCCUCCCUCUUCCUCCUUCCUCUAGGGGUCCAGGGAGGCCCACCAGGAGCAGAAAGUGAGGAGGGGCCAGGAAGGGUCUCCAGAGAGGUAGAGGAAAAGCAUGUUUUGUAAAUCCACAGCCUCAGUUUCCCCUUCUGCAAAGUGGAGGGCGGGCUGAAGCAGGGGUCGGGCUUCACCCCAAAAAGCUGGGGGCUCUAAAGGCCAAGUAAGGGCUCCUCCCUUGCACCGAUUCUGGAAGUUUCUAGUUGAUCCAUGGCAGGUGACAGAGGCCCAGAGUGAGAGGGACAGGUCGGUCAGGUGAGGCUCCUUGCAGGGCCUGGGGUGGCUGACAGGCCUGGAGAAGUGGCGGGCAGCGUGCCCAGGACGCCCCUGAGCCUCCCUCCUUCACCUGCUUGGAGCUGAGGCAGGAGGAAAGGCCAGUCCCUGCCCCCCUUACCCCACCAAGGGCAGCCCAAGUCCCAAAGCAAACCCACUCCACUCCGGAAAUCUGCUUCUUGCCGAACACACCAAGGAGGAAGACGGGGCUUCUGAGCCUCGCGCUUAUGAGAAAUACAACAAGGAAAAUUGGAUGCGGCAGACAGGGAGCAAUGGAGCUGGGGAGGCGACCAGGAGAGAGCUGGGGCAUGUGCUGGGAGGAAGGGCUCUGGGGUGCACAGUGGCCCGUGUCCCCAAGAACUGGACCUGCUCUCAGGGCCAGGAACACAGCCGGGGGCAGCUGUAGGCUCGCUGCGUGCCCUGUCCCUUCCCUGUGCUCGGAUCAGUGCAGGUGACGGGCGGAGGCCUCGAGCUGGCUAGGCGCCAGGGUGAGUGCUAACAAGCAAUUCACAGCCCUGCACAGGCCUUCCAGAAGGCAGACAGAGGAGGCAUCUUUUUUCUUAAGGAGGGAUAAAAAGGCUCAAAAAUGCAAAUCAUUACCGUUUACAACCAAGCGAGUCUGCUAAAUUGAUUAGAAGAGAUUAAAGUCCUUGGAGGUGAGGGGAAAGGGGGAUUUUUCGCAUGUUAUGAACCUGCCCCCAGUGGCAGUGUGCAAAGCAGGGCUUUUCCAGGCUGGCUCCCGGGCUGCCCCCCAACAGCCCCAGGAGGAGCUGGGGGUCUGCGAGGGCUGAUACCACACAGGCGGGAGCGCACAGUAACAGGCUGUGUUGGGCAGAGCCUGGACUCAAGCACUGCUCAGGGAAGGUACUUCUGCCCCGGUCGCCUGCCUUGUGCUUGGGCCUCUGGGACAGGGUGGGCUACUCGGCCCACAAAGGUCAUUCAGAAGCUGUCCCAGGCCCCAGCAGAGACUCCACCCCUGUCCUCCAGAUUCUGCCUGCCUUCAGGGAUGAAGGAGCUGGUCUAGUUAUUUAGAGAGUAAGACUCUAGGGCCAUGCACUUUUUUGCUUCCUUUCUGUCCCAGGGUGGGUCUGUGAUUCAUUCCUCCAGGAAAGGGUGCGGUGGCAACCAGAAAGGGAAAACUCAAAGUCAGGGAAGAGAAAUCCCCUGCUAGCACAGAAAUAAGAUAGUGAGCUCUCUGUCACUGGGAGCAUUCAAGUACUUGAUGGGGAUAUGGCUGAUCUUUUCCUCCCUAAGUCAAGGCCUUUGACUGUAAGACCCUGGUUUCUACCCUCAUUUUAUCAUUUCCCCAAGACCCUAUAUGGAACCUAUCAAGAGAUGUUUACUGUGCUGUUCAAAAUGACCAGCAUCCCCGAAAAGCCCGCAGCCGGGCCACCCAGACCUGUCAAAGAGCUGCUUGUGCCAACAGAAAUGCUUCAAAAUCCCCAUCCUCAGGGUCCAAGGGGCACCAGGAGAGGAAGCACAGACACGCUCGCUCCAUCUUGGAGUCUGGAGCUGGAGGCCGGAGGGUGACCACCCCCUGCGGCUGGUCCCUGUUCUCCAAGCUGGGACCCCCACCCUGCAGCGCGCCCUCUGAUGUCCCACCCCCGGCUCCCUUCCCCUCCCGACACACUGGCGCUGUGGGCUUCAUCCAUCCUUCCCAGCCAGGUUGACGGCUGCCUGGGGCAUUUUUCACUCUGUGUUUUUAAGCAUUUACCAUUUCUUUUGAAAUGGUCCAAGUAGUUGCCUGAAAUAUCCACAUCUGCUUCUUUAAAAACACUCACAAAAGGAUCCCCUUGGCUCCUGAAUCCCCCCCAAACACCCCUGGCCCCUGCCUCCCUUCUCUCCCCUCCACCUCUGCAUUUUUAAUGUAUUGUUUCUCUCUGCUUUUGGAAAUUCUCCCGUCACUGGGGUCAGCCGCUUCUCACCAUAAGUGGAGGUGCAGGUGUGCCUCAAACCCCCAGUGCUGCGGGGGCCAAGCCAGCCCUUUCUCCAUGUCACCCCCGAAAGACACUGUGCAGGAGGCCGAGCCGGUGAGCUACCCUACUCCCCAGACAGAGCCUGGCAGGCCCUGGGCUUUUUGGGACCACUGUCCCCGAAUGGCCCCUCCCGCUCCAUUACUAAGAUGCCGCACCCUGCGGAGGUCUGACCGGGGCCCCACUUCCUAGCAAAGCGAACCCCUCAGACACCUGCGGCCACCACGGUGCCCUGGGCCCUCUUUCCCACACCUACCCACACUGCCCCCCACUCCCGCUCCCACCUGAAAACCCAAAAGCCAGAGUCUGUGGAGAGUCCCUGCAGGAGGGUUGGCUGUCAUCACUCCAAAAUCACUUAUAGGGCCAUCAGGGUGAGUGGCCGCGCUGGCGAGAUGCCAGGUCCCCAUGCACCUCUGCACCCGGUCACUGAGGCCCAGCACAGGGCCUGGCACACAGGGGCGCUCCAUUCUCUCUUCUCAGAGCCUCCCUUCGCGUCUUGUCCGCCCGGUUUGCUGUCUGCCCGCCCCGGGCUCAGCGCAAAGGUCCCAGGCGGAUGUGCUGGCAAUGGCCUCCCUCCCAUCCCGCACCUGCCUCACCGGCAGCCAGCACGGGGAGGGGCCCCUCUCAGCGGCUUUUCCUCCCAGAAGCAUCUCACUCUGCCGUCCCUGGGACGCACAGAUCACCAGCUGUGAGCCUGAGGGGGGCAUCCGGCCACCGUGCCAUCUCUCACAGCCAGCUUGACUGUGACUCGGUUUCCUCUCGCCGAGCAGGGCCUCACAUAGGUGACACCUGGGUGUCUCCCCUUGCCUGAUGCUCCCGUCCAGACUCCCUGCUGUACCCACCGCCCCCCCAGCCACCGACCUGGAGGAACUAACCAGGCUUUCUCCUCAAGACAGAAAAACCAACGCGACUGGGCGACAAUCAGCUAACGCAGACACGGGGCGGCCGGGCUUACCUCCCCAGAGCCGGGCCACCGGGCUCCUCUCCUCUGCCCCUUGCAGGGCGCGUGUUUGCAGAAUGUCCUACCCAACCCUGGCUGGUCUAGUUUUUGGAAGGUUCUGGAUACCCAUGAAGAAGACACACCACCCUGAAACUGGCCUUAGGUGUUGUUUUGUUUUGUUUUUUAACCUAACCCAGCUGAGACACCCACUCUGGCGUCCAGAGCCGAGCGCCAGGCUGCAGCACGGGGCUGGGGUGGGGGGAAUUCUUUGGCUGGAGGACCCUGGUGCCUUCCAGCUGAUAAAGAGAUGCUGAGAGCCGUGGGGAGGAAGCCAAAUAGCCCAGCCUUGGAGGUUUGUCAUCUGCGAGGGAGAGAGACGGCGUUGGAGGCUUGGGGAGGCCACGGGGCUGUGAACACAGGCGAGCCUGGGCUCUGGCGCCCUUGUGCGGUGUGGCUGGCAGGAGCGGACGCCCGCUAAUUAUGAAUGUCACCAGGCAGGUGUGGACAGGGAGGUAAAGGCAGGAAGGAAACUAAGAGAAACCCCAUGCCUCAGCACCACAGAGUGACUGUUUGCUAAGAGCCACCGAUGACAAUUCCCUCUCCUGACGUUAAAAGGUUGUAUCUCAUUUGGUAUUGUAAAGAUUUCUGGAGCCACUCGGCCUUCGCUCCGUGGGAUCCAUUCCCAGCGGUCCAGGAGGAGGAGGAGGAGGAGGCCAGGGAGGGAUUCUUGGCCGACCCUGGAGGAUGGGACACAAGGCGGGGUUCGCGGCCACACGAGGGCUCGGGGAGGGCGGGCCCGUGACCAAGGCCCCUUCUGCCUUCCUGCCACCACCCUGAGCUUCUGCCGCUGGGCCCCCACCUUCCCCACCUGCAGAGCCAGCCCUGGGAGGCCAGGCGGACACUGCUCCUGGUCUCUCUUCCUCCUCCUCUUCGGAAGGGUAAAGCAAUCUCCAGGGCUGAGUGACGGGUCUCCCCGCACUGCGGCCUGCGGCCGUCUGAGACCGGGGUCCCGCCUGCCUCAGUCCCAACCUCACCCCCAGAUGGGGGUUUUCGGGAAACCGAGUCACCCAAACACCCACCACGACCACAACACAAACCAAAGUGCACUGCGAACCGCCCUUUGGCCUCCUUCCUGUAGGUGCCUUGAAACUUCAAUGUUGAGAUGAAUGUGAUUAACUAUUUGGUCCUUUUUUCUGUUUGUCUGUUUUCAUAUAAAAUGUCCAAGUCCAUUUUCCUUGUCCUUUCUUGAAAUAAAUAGAAAGAUUUAACUUU